AUGGACCAAAAGCCGAAGCCGCCAGUCUUGGCCACCAAGGCUGAGUGGCUCAUCUCCUACUUCAGGUCGGAGAUGCUUGCCGCGAGCCUGUGGAAGCCCGAAGAUGAUGAUGGGCUUGGGACGAUACCCAGUCCCUCCGAGAGCAUGCUCGCAGCUCUUCCCUACAUCUGGAGAAGACGCACCUGCGACAUGCACCAUACACCAGCAACAUUCAACGACCUGCCUAUCGAAUUCCGUCUAUUGAUCUGGGAGUUCUUCUUGGGAGCCGAUCCUCAAGGAACAUCUCUUGCUUGGGCUCUGCAACCCGCGAAAGACUCACCCUUACGCAUCUUGUGGAUUCCAUAUCGCUAUGAAGAAGUGAGAGAAGUAAAGGUUGAGAACUUGUCUCGAGUCAAUCGCGAGUCACGCCGCGUAACUGCACGAGUGUUCCGUCGCGUCAAACUCCUGUGGUACUCCGGCACGAGGACGAAACACUUCUGGGUUAACUACAAGAACGACCUGUUUCAUCUCGAGAAAGACCGUGAUGGCAACUGGAAUGAACUUCUGUCCAGCGCUUCAGAUGGGCUUACGGAAGCAGCUGAGCGGGCUGUGCCGAUCCUUUUCAAACAGCCGGAGCUGCUUGCACUGAAUGGGAUCAGAAACGUCAUUCUGUCUCCGAGUAAGUUGCUGGUCACGGACCAACCCUAUUUCAGAGCCCUGUCAACCCUUUACGGGCUGAAACGAGUUCUUGUGCCGUUGGAUCCGCUGUCGAGGGUCGACCUUCCUGAGCACGGAUAUUUUGAUAGCGACGUCCUGGAGGUAACGGGGGUUUGGCCAUUUUACGUCCGUCAGCUUCAUAACGUCUUGAAGUGUGACAGACAAUCUGAGAUUCUCCGUGGGUCAGGGAAUGGCCCAGUGCCCGACAACGAACUCGGCGAAGGUUCGGCGGCUGCCAACGGAGAAGACGACGUUCAGUGGCUUCGCUUUCGGAAUCUGCUGCGUGCAGCUUCCGGUCGGCUUGAGCAGCGUGGUGUUCGUCAUCUCUGCAAGCAGCAUAUCCAAGCGCGCGGCGAGUCCAAAGAAGAUCUUGAGAGUGCGUGUGGAGAGUGCGAGGAAAUCUGUUCUGAGAUCGAAAACAAGGAGCGCCACGAAAUCAAGAAAAAUCUAAAAGCAGGAAAGAUCGAUCCUGAAAAAGCGACGGAGGAUAUUAAGGCUGUUAGGGAAGAACUUAAGGAAUGCGAAGCUGAUUGUAAGGAUGAUUUCCACAAGGACAUGAUCACAUACGGGUUUAUGAGGUUGGUUAAGGGCAUCCCCACUCUCCGUAUAGGUCGACCCUGA